CAGCUUCAUGACUUGUUGACUUUCGCAUCAGCAUGAGCCAUCUAACGACGCUCAAUUUCAACAAUACUUUCUGGCAAACGGUAGUAGAUCGACUGCAGGAAGACACGCCCGGCGACGUUAUCUGCGAGUGCUCCAGUGACGGAUUCGCCAGCCUCUUCUCUCAGGCUGACGAACAGCUCAGCCUCGCCUACGAAAAAUUGCAUACCUUCCCUUUUAAAGACGUCAAACCAUGUUGGUUCCGGUUGUACACCGACGCCAGUCUUGCCAAAGCCUUGAAGAUCAUCAUGGCUGUUGAGAACGGCUCUAAGAAUGCCUUUUCCGGCGAGUCUCUCUCUGACUGUCUCGAUGAAGUCGUAACCAUUCUAGACAUGGCCCUCAUCAUGGCUGGGGGCCUUGGAAGAGAGGAAAUCAUACACCAAAUGCUAACGGAAUUGAAGUCAUCAUCCGACGCUGGGGAAGAUGUUAUGGAGCCUCCUUCAAAGAGAAGCCGGCUCGAGAAACUCGGCCGUGACGAGCGCUGCUUACCAGAGACGUUUCCCAACGAUGAGAUCUCAAUCCCUAAGCUCCAAUUCCCUGUUCAGCACAUGAAGCAACCGUCAAUGACAGCCUUUGCAAGAUCCAUGCAGGAAGAUCGCACACCCGUAAUUCUGACAGGUGUUUUGGAUCAUUGGCCAGCCCUUGAAAGAUGGAAACAUGUUUCGUACUGGCUGGACCAGACAUUUGACGGUCGUCGUCUUGUUCCCAUUGAAGUUGGCCGAAGCUACACGGAUGAAGAUUGGGGUCAGAGAAUUGUGCCUUUUCGCGAUUUUCUCAAAACUUUCAUAUUGCAACAGCCAGACAGUCCGGCCCAUGCUAUAGGCAUGGAACACACCGAGACUGGGUACCUCGCUCAACACGAUCUGCUCAGACAGAUACCUGCUCUGCGUGGUGAUAUCGCUACCCCUGACUAUUGCUACCUAGAUGCGCCGCCGCCUGACCCUGGCACGCCCCUAGCUUUGAGCAAGGCAAAUAAAGGUCUUGCUGACAAAACCAGUCAUCCCAGCCUGAUCCCGUCCACCACUUCUUCCUCGCACCACCGGAACGACGACGAAGACGACGACGACGACCAAGAGGUGCAGACCAAUAUAUGGUAUGGGCCGGCUUGGACCAUCUCGCCCCUACACCACGAUCCUUACCACAAUAUUCUCUGCCAGGUCGUCGGCAAGAAGUAUGUCAGACUAUACUCGCCUCGACAUAGUGCGUCCCUCUUCCCACGGCGACAAGACGAGCCUGCUCCGCAUCUCGUUCAGUCCAAUCGCGACAAGCCCAAAAAUGGAGAUACGUAUAAGCAAGACGUUGAGCGAAAGAGUACUGUUGCAGAUGUUCAUGGGGAGACGAUCGAUAUGUCAAACACUUCAACAAUUGAUGUUGCUGCGAUGGAGCUCUCUCCGCACGAAGAUUGGGAUGAGAUCUACCCUGAUCUCAGUAAAGUGCCUUACGUGGAAUGCAUACUAGAGGCCGGGCAGGCGCUGUAUAUACCAAUUGGGUGGUGGCAUUAUGUUCGAAGCUGCUCAGUUGGCAUCAGUGUCAGCUUCUGGUGGUAGCUUCAGGGCGUUCUCGAUGUCAAAACACUCACAAACUAAAAUUUCUUCACCUCUCCGGCUUCAUUUUCAUGAUGGACGUCUUCGAAUGGCGCGAGCGGUAGCACUGGGAUAUACUGCGUUUACCAUCCAGUCAUCGUUGGACAAUGCCAGAUCUUUGGCUGCAUGAGCUGAAUGCCAAUUGGUCGCUUAGCCACAGACAGGAUCGGGCUUGCACCUCAAUCCCCAGUCUGCUUACAGCGGUUGUGUGACUCGGCAUCACGCGACAACGCACUCUGACAUGCGUGGGGGAGCGUACAGAGAGUGCCAUGUGCCUCGAGCGCGACUUGACCUGGGAAGAUACGGGCGUUGGUUGGUUGGAUCAUGGUGAUCAUGUCGACUUCCAUGCUUCCAUGCCUCGGUUGCAAAUCCCUAAGAAGGAAACGCUCGACCGGCGCUCGACAGGGGUCGUAGUCGUUAUCUUUGGCCCUAUUAGCUCUUUGUAACAUCGUUAUCACAGCUAUCAGCAGUUUUGCUUUGCCUGGAGUAUCUAGUGGUCAAGCCACUGUGCGAAAAGGAUGAUUAUAAAGCCCAGGCUUUGGCCUCGCAGGCGUCAAGACUUUCUCGAC